UUAGAAUUCAUGGGCUGGCCAUUGAAUCGGGUCCCAGUGGCUGGCUGAAUGGUAUACGAGUUAGCUUGCCUUGUUAUUAUUGAUCCGGAUAUUAGUAUUAGUAUUAGUAGUAGUAGUAGUAGUAGUAAUUUUCAAUCUAUUGUUGGAUACUUUCCUUAUUUUCUUCUUUGUUUAACUGUUGUGGUGUGGUGUGGUGCUGUACUGUGCGGUGUAGUAUGGUGUGGUAUGGUUUAUAGAGUGCCUUUACAUUUAAAAUCAGCUGAUUGUGUUUAUGUAGUAUGUAGGAUUGUUAUUAUUAUUAUUAGUAGUAGUAGUAGUAUACUUACGUCAUCAUGUGACUAUGAUCUAUCUAUCUACCUAUCUAUGUACUCGUUGAACUCAUUUUAAUUCAUUAGGCUUGAUUGUUGUUUUUGGUGUACUGUGCUGUGCUGUAUUGUAUUACAUAUAUAUUAGUAUUGAAUGAAUGAGUGAGUACACAGGUACACUUGUUUUGAUAUAAUGGUCAAUUUAUUGUUCAACCAGUAUUGGGGGUGGUGGCGGGGAGGAAAGCGGGUUGUUAUUUAUUCAUUUGUAUGUGUGCGUGUCUGCGUGUGUAUGUGUGCGAGCACCCAAAAGGUUUCUUCGCAUGCUUGCUUAAAUUGUAUUGCACUGCACUGAAUUGCUCAUGACUCUUUAUGGGGAUAUACACACAUAUACAUAUACAUACAUAUUUACCAUGGGUAAAUUGUUGUUACUGUUGUUGUAUGUGUUUA